ACAACAACAAAAAAAAGCGGGCCAGAUUGCACAAAGAAAGAAAUCAGACUUGCUGCUGGAAGAAAUACCCAUCUGCAGGUGUGCAUGCAGGCACUUAGGCAUCGCAUGCAUAUGUCUGUGCCUGUGUGACACGGAGCUGGAGCGAGUGAGAGGAAGGCUGAAACUUAAACUCCUCCUGCAGCUCUGCAUCUGCUCUGAGUCACUGCCAUGACUCACAGUGACAGCGCUCCCAUUAGCUAGCGCUCAGAUGGAGCAGCUCCGGCAGCAGAAGAGGCAGGCUGUGCUCCUGGUUACCUGCUGCAGCAGGCGGCUGCGCCAAGAUAUUUAUUUACGAGCUCAGAUGAAGGACAGCAGGCUGUACUGAGCGCAGCUGUCAUUAUUCUUAAGGCUUUAUUUAAAAAGAACUGGAUGCCCAGGCUGAAUUUCAUCUCUGAAAGCUGGAGAAAGGUGUUUAGCCUACAACAUGUUCUGUGCAAGCACGAAAUAAAUUGGGGCUGUCUGGAAUUAAAUGCUACUGUUAUAUCCAGGCACCUGACUCCGGCAUUUGUGCUGAAUGCCUGAAAUUGGAUGGUGCUACAGCCUCAGCUUAGGAAGUAAUGCAAGACCCUUUUCCUAUGAGCAGGAAGUUCAGCAGCUGAAGACUUUGAAGGAGAAAGGAGUGGACUUAAUGUUAUGACAUGCAAAAUCCAUCCACACACGAGGAAAAGAGCCCUCUUCGUGGUAAUGUUAGAGGAAUAGCAGUUGGAGACAACCUGCUGCACUCUCCUACUCCAUAAAACAAACAUCAGUAAAGGCAAGCAGCAAGAAAAGGCUUCUUCAUGACAAAAUGACAGCAAGAGAACACAGCCCCCGCCAUGGUGCAAAAUCCCGCACCGUGCAACGGGCCUCCACCAUUGAUGUCACCUCAGACAUGCUAGGCCUUUCUUUAGCAGGGAAUAUUCAGGAUCCAGAUGAGCCGAUUUUAGAGUUCAGUUUAGCUUGCAGCGAGCUGCUAACACCAUCACUAGAUCGAAAACCAAAUAGUUUUGUAGCAGUGAGUGUAACUACACCUCCUCAGGCAUUCUGGACAAAGCAUGCACAGACAGAAAUUAUUGAGGGAACAAGUAAUCCUAUCUUCCUAAGCAGCAUUGCCUUUUUCCAAGAUUCUCUUAUCAAUCAAAUGACACAAAUCAAACUCUCUGUGUACGACGUUAAAGAUAGAUCUCAGGGAACAAUGUAUCUGUUGGGUUCUGGGACGUUCACUGUAAAAGAACUUUUACAAGAGAAGAAUCACAGGUUGCACUUAACACUAAGGUCCACCUCCAAAAAAAUUUCAACGCAGAGUAUUUGUUGCAGGUCUGCUGAAAGUGACCGUGUAGGUAACAUUACAGUUAUUGGAUGGCAAAUGGAGGAAAAAACUGACCAAAGGCCUCCAGUGACAAGGUCACCUGAUACAAUUAAUGGAAGGACUGUAUUACCAGUUGAUGAAAGUUUAACAGAAUCUUUAGGAAUCAGAUCCAAAUAUGCUUCAUUACGGAAGGAUGCACUACUGAAAUCUGUGUUUGGUGGUGCCAUUUGCCGGAUGUAUCGCUUCCCCACCACUGAUGGGAACCACCUGAGAAUCUUGGAGCAAAUGGCUGAGAGCGUGCUGUCAUUGCACAUACCCAGGCAAUUCGUGAAGCUGCUUCUAGAAGAAGAUGCAGCAAGGGUUUGUGAACUAGAAGAGUUGGGAGAAUUAUCUCCUUGUUGGGAAAGCCUUCGGCGACAAAUAGUUACUCAGUACCAAACAAUUAUUUUAACUUAUCAGGAAAAUCUAACUGACCUGCAUCAAUACAAAGGUCCUUCAUUUAAAGCCAGUAGCUUGAAGGCUGACAAAAAGUUGGAAUUUGUUCCUACAAAUUUACAUAUACAAAGAAUGAGAGUCCAGGAUGAUGGAGGAUCAGAUCAGAACUACGAUAUAGUCACCAUAGGAGCACCAGCAGCUCAUUGCCAAGGCUUCAAAUCAGGUGGCUUGAGGAAAAAGCUGCAUAAAUUUGAAGAGGCAAAGAAACACAGUUAUGAGGAGUGUUGCACUUCAACAGGUUCCCAGUCAAUAAUAUACAUUCCACAGGACAUUGUUAGAGCAAAGGAAAUCAUUGCACAAAUCAACACCCUGAAAACUCAAGUGAGCUAUUAUGCAGAAAGGCUCUCACGAGCUGCCAAGGAUAGAUCAGCUAAUGGCCUUGAAAGAACACUUGCCAUCCUGGCAGAUAAGACCCGGCAACUCGUCACAGUCUGUGACUGCAAAUUGUUGGCAAAUUCAAUACAUGGACUAAAUGCUGCAAGGCCAGAUUAUAUAGCUUCAAAGGCAUCUCCAACCUCUGGAGAAGGGGAACAAGUGAUGCUGAGGAACGAUCAAGAUACACUAGUGGCCAGAUGGACAGGACGAAACAGCCGAUCUUCUCUGCAGGUGGACUGGCAUGAAGAGGAAUGGGAGAAAGUUUGGUUGAAUGUUGACAAAAGUCUGGAGUGCAUUAUACAGAGGGUGGACAAACUUCUCCAGAAGGAGCGCCUGCAAAGUGACAGCUGUGAAGACGUUUUCCAGUGCGACAUCAGCUGUACUAGUAAGAAAGGUAAUCGGGACACCCGUGCCUACUGGAUAAAUCCAGAAGAUGUAAAUGAGACCUCAUCUUCCUCACCACCAACAUCCUCACCACCACCAUCAUCCACCCCAUCCUGUGCAUGCCAUUCUCUCAGAAAGACAAAUUGCAGCCCCGCUCCGGAAGAAUCUGCCCCAGGCGAGUGGAGCGAAGCCCUUUAUCCUUUGCUGACGACUCUCACGGACUGCGUGGCCAUGAUGAGUGACAAGGCCAAGAAAGCCAUGGUCUUCUUGUUAAUGCAGGACAGCGCCCCAACGAUAGGGCUGUGUCUGAGUCUUCAGUAUCGCAGGGAUGUUGUCUUCUGCCAAACUCUGACGGCUCUCAUAUGUGGUUUCAUUAUCAAGCUGAGGAACUGCCUUCAUGAUGAUGGAUUUCUAAGACAGCUCUACACCAUUGGCUUGCUGGCGCAGUUUGAGAGCCUGCUGAGCACUUACGGUGAGGAGCUGGCAAUGCUGGAGGACAUGAGUUUGGGAAUCAUGGACUUGAGGAAUGUAACCUUUAAAGUAACUCAGGCAACAUCAAAUACAUCUACUGACAUGCUGCCAGUCAUCACUGGGAAUCGUGACGGAUUUAACGUGAGGAUCCCUUUGCCAAGCGCCUUGUUUGAUUUGCUGCCGCGAGAGAUUCAAAGUGGCAUGUUACUGAGGGUUCAGCCCGUGCUCUUCAACGUGGGGAUCAAUGAGCAGCAAACCCUAGCAGAGAAGUUCGGAGACACCUCACUGCAAGAAGUAAUAAACAUGGAAAGCUUAGUGCGGUUAAAUUCGUAUUUUGAACAGUUCAAGGAAGUUUUGCCCGAUGAUUGUCUACCUCGAUCUCGUAGUCAGACGUGCCUGCCUGAACUGUUAAGGUUCCUGGGACAAAAUGUACACGCAAGGAAAAAUAAGAAUGUUGAUAUCCUUUGGCAAGCUGCUGAGAUAUGCCGCAGACUAAAUGGUGUUCGGUUUACAAGCUGUAAAAGUGCCAAGGAUAGGACUGCUAUGUCGGUCACCCUAGAGCAGUGUUUGAUCCUACAGCAUGAACAUGGAAUGGCUCCACAGGUCUUCACUCAGGCUCUCGAGUGUAUGAGGAGUGAGGGGUGUCGGCGAGAAAAUACAAUGAAGAAUGUUGGAUGUCGCAAGUAUGCAUUUAAUUCCCUGCAACUGAAGGCUUUCCCAAAGUAUUACAGGCCUCCAGAAGGAACUUAUGGAAAAGUUGAAACAUAAGCAUCUUAUGUCCUUUAAUUGCUGUUCCAUUAAGACGUGUGGCUGCACUCUAGACUAAUACAUGAUUCUGUCAUCCAGACCAGAUCAGUAACCUUUUUGUACGUUUCACUAGGCUAUAUGGAGCAUGUUACUUACCAGUUGGAGUCUAUAGUAACAGUUAUUCUGACACCUUAGCUUGAGAAUAGUGUGAUGACUCUGCCCAUUUAAAUAGCCUUCAGUGUAUGUAAGAUGAGCAGAUAUUGUGCUAUUUAAUAAUUACCUACAUGCAAAUAGCUGGGUACCUCCUGGAUGGGCAAGGACUUUGUGAAUGGCAUUGAGGCAGCUGCUUCAUGUACUUCUUUCUGUACUGAGCUGAAUUCAGACCGAGCUUUUCGUCACUUUUUCAAACUGAGAGUAAAACUCAACCGUUGUAAAUAAAAAGAGACUGGACAGCAGGCAGUCCAAUAACAGUAGGAUGCAUUAUUGCAAUCAAGAAACAGAUGUUUAACUUCUAGAAAUAAUCAGCACAAUAGCAGCCAGGAGUAUAAAUUGUUUCGCUGUAUAUAGGAUGCCAUCUUGAAAUACGAAAAGAAUAAUAAAUAAAAAGGCUGGGCCUAUGAGGUCUAGUUUGUAGUUCUGUCCAGAUAAAGACAAUUUCUGGUCAUUUUUAGCACAAAAGGACUUGGGCAAAUGUUAACCAGUUUUAAAAAGCGUUUCAAAACAUAAUGAUGUUAAUUGAUUAAUGGCAGCAACAGUUCUCCCAGCCCUUCCCCACUACGACAUGUUCAUUGUGUUCCAUGGUAGUGUAUAUCAAUCAGUGUGCUCCUUUAUCCAUGGCUUUUUAUAUUGCUUCUGGAUUGUAAGCAUUAGGAUGUCGGGGCAUUGCAUUUUUUAAAUUGGUGUUUGGUUUUUAUCAGUAUCUGUCAACUCAAAAAUGCUUAAAGUACCCAACAUCCCCCUUACUGCCUGACAAAAAUGUUACGUUUGUUAAGUUUUGCUCAUUUUGAUGGAACGUAACUCAUGUGCUAAUGCAUGAGAACCUCAGGUGUUCUAGCUUAAGGCCAAGGCUUGAUAGUCUAUCACUUUGAUAGCAUUUCAUAAAGGUUCAGUACAUCUCCUUGGAAAUCAUCUUCGAAAGGAUGCCUUGAAGAUAGAGAUACGUUCUUAAAAAGCAGCUAAAUGUUAAGUUGCAAAUCUUAACAGGAUUAAAUCAUUCCUAGCUAGCUUCAUUCAGCCCACUGUGCCCUGCCCCUCUUGUAUCUGAGGGCUAUGAGCUGUAGAAUAGAGAAGCUGGUCGUUUGUUCUUGUGAGAGUAGCAACAGCCAGGUAAGUAUACGGCUGUUUUCUGGCUUCUUUCUCCCUCCCACUGAUGUUUGUCUGUGCUGUCACUGCUCUAUCAGUCAUGUUCAUUCUGCUCCCAUAUAGGUUUGGGGGUUUUAAGUCCAGCAGUUUUUGCAUUUUGCUUUUAGCAGUCUGACACUGAGCAGCAUGUCACGAAGCCAGCCAAGAGAGUUCUGCUGAACCACGUUGUUACUGUUACUGCAGUCAUUCUAGGAGGGGAAACAAAAAUGCUGUGCAAAUUCAAUGCAUUUGUAGUUCUUUUCCCAGUUCUAAACUCCUUCUGUAGUAGGAUGGACCCUUGGGAAAUUACAAACCUUGUCCUUCAAUUAAAUAAUUGUUGCUUUUUGUUCUUUUUUUUAAUAUGUAAACAAAUGUUUGGUGAAAAUCAUUGCAGUGAGAUUUCUUUAGACAUUAUUCUCUUAGUUCUGCUCAGCCUUCAGCCCCUGGCCCGUUAUUAAAAGCUGCAUUUAUUUUUGUAUGAACGAUAGCCUUCAUAGCCCUUAGUUUUUAUGAGUUGAUAGUUUUAUUUUGUAUAUUUCAAACACAGUUAAUAUUUUAAGUCCUAUAUUGUUACACUAAAAGUCUUCUUCCAGCAUUCAGCUUCAGAAGAAAAGAACAAGAGGUGUAUGGUUGCAAUUAGCAGAGCCGCUCUCUUAGAUGGUGGCCCACAGUCAUUAGUUCUACUCUUAGAGCUUAGUGAUCCUUUAUUUAUUUUGUACACCAGAUACAAUCGGAAGUUCCCCAAUUUUCUAUAUGCAUGGUUUUUGCUCACCUCUUUAAAGUGGUGGAAUAUUUUAAGUAUACUUCCAUGUAGAGCAUCGUUGUCCAGCUGAGGUGUGACAGGUACAGCUGUGGGCACAAUGCACGCCAGUGGCUUCUUCUAAAGGGCGUAACGAGCAGGGAGGUCUUGAGCAGUUAAUCAAAAAAGACAAACUGUGAAACUUGAAAUCCACAUAGGACACUUCACAAGGGUGAAGUAAGCUUUUCUGUUGCACAGGAGAGACAAAACUUAAGGAUUACUGUAAAAUGAAGUUCUGUCUAAUGUUCUUUUUUGAGUACGUUUUUUAAAUUAUAAAACAUACAAAGGUAAAAAGACAAAAAAAAAAAAUCCAACUUGCCGAGUAUGUUCUGUGUAUGUUCUGUGAAAGUAUUUACAGCACAGUUGCCUUUUGUUUCAUUUAUACAUGUAAAAUUAUUGUAUAAUACGACACUGUUUUGUCCCAACACAAUUGUAUUUGCCAAGCUUUGUGCAUUGAAAGAUUUUUAUUUAUUUGUUUUUGGGCAGUAUUAAUAUAUCAUAAACAUAUGGCUACUGUUUUAUAUAUCCUAGUUCAUCCAAUCCAUGUAUGCUGUACAUGUGCUAGUCUUUAGGAUGAAAACCAAUAAAGAACUGACAAGAGUAA